UUGUGUGUCUACCUUAUCUUGUUUCUUUGCUCUUCCCCCUCUUUAGGCUCUGUGUCUUCCUCUCUACUGUCAUCUUGUAAAUUACUGAGAAAGUUUCAUCUUAAUGAAAUGCGCAAGCCUGGCGAUGUGGUUCUGGGUGGGCUGUUUGAAGUCCACUACACCUCUGUUUUCCCUGAGUGGACAUUUACCUCAGAGCCACAACAGCCAAGCUGCAAAGGCUUUGACACUCUAGGGUUCAGACACGCCAUGACCAUGGCCUUUGCUAUUGAUGAGGUCAACAAGAACUCCAACCUGCUACCUAAUGUGACUCUGGGAUACAGUCUGUAUGAUAACUGUGGUGCAUUAAUUAUUGGAUUCAGUGGGGCACUAUCACUGGCCAGUGGUCAAAAGGAGCAGUUUCUGCCUCAGGAGAACUGUUUAGGGACCCCUCCAGUUGUGGGGAUUGUGGGUGAUCACUAUUCAACAUUCUCGAUCACCAUUUCCAAUGUGCUAGGUUUAUACAGAAUGCCUAUUGUGAGUUAUUUUGCAACAUGUUCCUGCCUGACUGAUUGGCAAAGGUUUCCAUCCUUCUUUAGAACAAUCCCAAGUGAUGCUUUCCAGGUGCAUGCUAUGAUUCAGAUACUAAAACACUUUGGCUGGACUUGGGUAGGCCUGCUGGUCAGUGAUGAUGAUUAUGGACUCCAUGUUGCCCAGUCCUUUCAGUCUGACCUGGCUCAGUCUGGUGGAGGUUGUCUGGCCUACCUAGAGGUGUUGCCCUGGGACAGUGACCCAAGUGAACUCAAGAGGAUUGUAUAUUUGAUAAAGACAUCAACAGCUCGUGUGGUCAUUGUGUUUGCACACGAGAUCCACAUGAUCCAACUAAUGGAAGAGGUGGUGAGGCAGAAUGUGACAGGCCUGCAGUGGAUUGCAAGUGAGGCCUGGACAGCAGCUGCUGUGCUCCAGACCCCCCACCUCAUGCCGUACCUGGGUGGAACACUGGGCAUUGCCAUCCGUCGAGGAGAAAUACCAGGGCUCGGGGAUUUUCUGAUAAGAAUACGUCCUGAACAAAAUUACAACAAUACCUAUGGAAAUAGUAUGGUGAGACAGUUUUGGGAAUACACAUUUCAAUGUCGAUUUGCACCACCUCCAGCAGGUUGGGUGGAAGAUGAGGGAGCCCUAUGCACUGGACAGGAAGAUAUUGAAAAUGUGGAGACUGAGUUUUUGGAUCUUUCCAACCUCAGGGCUGAGUACAAUGUUUACAAGGCUGUGUAUGCUCUGGCGUAUGCCCUCGAUAAUAUGCUGCGCUGUGUGCCAGGGAGAGGGCCUUUCACCGGGCACAGCUGUGCCAAUUUGCAAACACUGGAGCCAUGGCAGCUUGUACAUUAUUUGCAAAAGGUCAACUUCACCACACCAUUUGGUGAUCAAGUGUCAUUUGAUGAGAAUGGCGAUGUCUUACCAAUAUAUGACGUGAUGAACUGGCUGUGGCUCCCUGAUGGAAGAACUAAAGUUCAGGUUGUGGGUGAGGUUAAGAAGUCGACCUCCGAAGCUGAAGAACUCAAACUUGAUGAAGAUAAAAUCUUCUGGAACUUUGAAUCCAAAGAGCCACCCCGGUCAGUGUGUAGUGAGAGCUGUCCUCCGGGUACCCGCAUGGCCAGAAAGAAGGGGCAACCUGAGUGCUGUUUUGACUGCAUCCCUUGUUCUGAGGGAGAGAUCAGCAAUGGGACUGACUCCAUGGAGUGCACCACUUGUCCAGAGGAUUUCUGGUCCAGCCCACAGCGUGACCACUGUGUUCCUAAGAAAACAGAGUUCCUCUCCUACCAUGAGCCUCUGGGUAUCUGCUUGACAACCACCUCACUACUGGGCACAUUUAUUUGUGCUAUUGUUUUGGGCAUUUUCUUUAACCAUCGCAGCACACCGGUGGUGCGUGCUAACAACUCAGAACUCAGUUUCCUGCUCUUGGUGUCACUUAAGUUAUGUUUCCUCUGCUCAUUGUUGUUUAUUGGCCGUCCCAGACUGUGGACAUGCCAGCUGAGACAUGCAGCAUUUGGCAUCAGCUUUGUGCUUUGUGUGUCAUGUAUCCUGGUAAAAACCAUGGUGGUUCUGGCUGUGUUCAAGGCCUCCAAGCCAGGAGGUGGGGGCAGUCUUAAGUGGUUCGGUGCUAUGCAGCAGAGAGGGACAGUUUUCGCUCUUACUUGUGUUCAGGCAGCAAUCUGCACUGCUUGGAUUGUCUCUUCCUCACCAGCUACACAUAAAAACACUGAAUACCACAAUGACAAGAUAGUUUAUGAGUGUGUAGUUGGGUCCACAGUGGGUUUUGCAGUGUUACUGGGCUAUAUUGGCUUACUGGCAAUCCUUAGCUUCCUGUUAGCAUUUCUGGCAAGGAAUCUUCCAGACAACUUCAAUGAGGCCAAACUCAUCACUUUCAGCAUGCUGAUAUUCUGUGCUGUGUGGGUGGCCUUUAUCCCUGCUUAUUUCAACUCCCCAGGUAAAUAUGCAGAUGCAGUGGAGGUCUUUGCCAUCCUGGCCUCCAGUUUUGGCCUCUUGGUGGCACUGUUUGGACCCAAAUGUUAUAUCAUCCUGAUGAGACCAGAGAGAAACACAAAAAAAGCUAUCAUGGGUCGAGGCACCACAAAAUCAGAAAAUUAG